GCACUGGCCAGCAGCAUUCUGGGGAUUGACCCAAUCGGUCUCGGAGCGUCCAUGCCUUGCAAGUCCGGCGGAGCAGGGAAACUGGACCAUCCUCAUCCCACUUGUGCUCAGCCUCGCUUAUCCGGCUGGCCCGCUGGUGAUCUGGCUACAUUUAACAGUGCAUAGCACGUUGUCUCCUUGAACUUUCUUCUGCUUGACCUUCUCCCCCCCCAAUUCCUCACCCAAUUCUGACAACAAACCGGUUGUUGUCUUCCUCCCCCAUAUCUCCACCAAUGGCCGACGAAUCCUCCGUUCGGCGGCGCAAGCCCGAGCCCGUGACGGACACCCCCCCGGAGUCCGAGCCGGCCGAGUCGCAGGAUGAGGAACCGAAAAGGGAUGCGCCCAAAAAGUCCAAGAAGAAAUCGACCCAAGACCGCCUCGACGAAGACGAAUCCAGCGGGCACAUCCUCGACAUCUUCCGCGUCCUCACCUUCCUCGUCCUCGCCUACUUCGGCCUGAGCUACCUCGUCUCCAGCGGCGAGACCUACUCCUGGGGCAUCACCAAUGGAUCCAAGUACCUCCAGACGGACUGGUGGAUGAAGCAAUUCCGCGGCCCCAUCUACCUCACACCGGACGAGCUGAGCGGGUACGACGGGAGCGACCCCGACAAGCCGAUCUACCUGGCGAUCAACGGGAGCAUCUACGACGUGUCGUCGAACGCGCGGACGUACGGCCCCGGCGGGUCGUACCAGUACUUCGCCGGGUGCGACGCGGCGCGCGGCUUCGUCACGGGCUGCUUCGCCGAGGACCGCACGCCCGACAUGCGCGGCGUCGAGGACAUGUUCCUGCCGCUCGACGACCCGGCCGUGGACAGGCAUUGGAGCGCCGAGGAGCUGGCCGCGCUGAAGCAGGAGGAGCGUGCCAACGCGGAGCGUAAGGUGCAGGAGGGCCUGACGCACUGGGUGAAUUUCUUUAAGAACAGCCCCAAGUAUGAUUUUGUCGGCUAUGUGAAGCGGCCCGAGGGGUGGCCGGGCACGGAGCCGAAGCGGCAGCUGUGCGAGCAGGCGGCGAAGGGGAGGAAGAAGAGGGUUAUCCCCAAGAAGGGGGGUCAGUAAAAGGUUGAGAUGGGGUUAUGGACAAGCUUAGCGGGUGUUUCUCGGUUGUGUGCACUUGCUAUGUAGGGUUCCUCAUAGAUCGCGUAUCAUCACACACUUCUAGUCAC